CGGCGGUGUUGUUGUGGCGGACGGGCGGACGGAGGCGGGACGACCGGUCAGCGGCAGCAGCACGGAGAGAAGCGGCGGCGACACGGCACAGUGCGGACUGACUGCGCGUUAUCUUUUACAUGAUUAAAAACACCGCGCGGGGAGGAACACGCACACGGAUCGAUAGACACAUAGCUUCGGUAUCUAGUCCGUCAUGGAGUCCUAUGACAUUUUAGCUAACCAGCCCGUUGUGAUUGAUAACGGCUCGGGGGUCAUCAAAGCUGGUUUUGCCGGUGACCAGAUCCCCAAAUACUGUUUCCCUAACUAUGUGGGGCGUCCCAAGCAUGUGCGCGUGAUGGCCGGAGCCCUGGAGGGGGACCUCUUCAUCGGACCCAAGGCAGAGGAGCACCGGGGCUUGUUGUCGGUGCGGUACCCCAUGGAGCACGGCAUCGUGAAGGACUGGAACGACAUGGAGAGGAUCUGGCAGUACGUGUACUCCAAGGAGCAGCUGCAGACCUUCUCCGAGGAGCAUCCUGUGCUGCUGACCGAAGCUCCUCUCAACCCCAGCAAGAACCGAGAGAAGGCCGCGGAGGUCUUCUUUGAGACCUUCAACGUUCCCGCCCUCUUCAUCUCCAUGCAGGCCGUCCUCAGCUUGUACGCCACGGGCCGGACCACCGGUGUGGUGUUGGACUCGGGCGACGGCGUGACCCACGUGGUGCCCAUCUACGAGGGCUUCGCCAUCCCGCACUCCAUCAUGCGCGUGGACAUCGCCGGGCGGGACGUGUCGCGGUACCUGCGCCUGCUGCUGCGCAAGGAAGGCUACAACUUCAACACCUCGGCCGAGUUCGAGGUCGUCCGCACCGUCAAAGAGAGAGCCUGUUAUCUGUCUCUCAACCCACAAAAAGACGAGACUUUAGAAACAGAGAAGGCUCAGUACGUUCUCCCGGAUGGAAGCACUUUAAAUAUCGGGCCGGCCAGGUUCCGGGCUCCAGAGCUGCUGUUCAGACCAGACCUGAUCGGGGACGAGAGCUCGGGGAUCCACGAGGUCCUGGCCUACGCCAUCCAGAAGUCCGACAUGGACCUCCGGCGCACGCUCUACUCCACCAUCGUGUUGUGUGGCGGCUCCACCCUCAUCAAAGGUUUUGGGGAACGACUACUAACUGAAGUCAAGAAGCUCGCACCCAAAGACGUAAAGAUCAAGGUGGGUUCAUGUCGUCGGGCUGUGUGCCAUGGCCAAGUGUCCUCUAGGGUCGGGUCCCAAAACCCUGUCCUCUAG